UAACAGUACCGUACGGCACCUUCAGAUCGGCGAGCAAGAAACAAAACAUAAUCGAUCGGUUUAUCAAGACGUAGAAGGUGUCAGAGGGGGGCUCCUGAGUGACAACAGAAAGAUGCCUUCUUAUUCACCUUCCGGUCUCAGGGCUGUCUGCCAAAGGUUACUACCGAUCCCAAAUUCCACUUACCCUUUCUUGCUGGCCUUCUUAUUCAUUCACUCUUUUUGGAUAUACUAUGACAUUGCAAUCACGUCUCACGAACGCCACCGGCCUAGAAGGGAACCAGUUCGCGUUACAGAAUCAUCUCCAUUGACUCCUUUCUACCCUCCUUCCCCUGGAGUGAAGUAUAAUGGAUACGCAAGGUCAUUUCCCGUGUGGGAACAUCCUUUCCCGUGUGGAGAUCUUGAGGAUAUCGGUGACGAAAAAUUGCAGCGAAGUCGAAAACAAGUCAACGAAGGCUUUUUUUACGUGAGGCUUCUCGACGCGUCUCCCUCCAUAUGUUCAAGUGUGACAACGCGGAUUGGCCGCAAUGUUGCACGGCGGCAGCUGCAUCAGUCUCAUGAUCACGGCGGUAACAACAGGACCAAGGUCUGCACCAGUCGAAUCGGAUCCCAACGUGCAAAGCAGUUCUACGCGCGGUCUCCUCAAAAAUCUUUCUUGUGGAGUGUUGUGCGAGAGCCAGUGGAUCGUCUUAUUUCUAAGUACUAUCACUAUUCCCGUCCGAUCGAGAAAGGGGGCAAUCGUGAAAGAGCCUUUUCGGAGUUUCAGCACUACGUUUUGGAUAGCGAGAGGCACGAUUAUGGAUACUAUUUUCGAUCUCUUGGUGUGAAAAGAACGCUUAAUCCCUACGAAAAACAGCACGAGGCAGACACCCAGGAACUGCUGGAAAGCUACGACUUUCUUGGAAUUUCAGAACGGAUGGACGAAUCGUUGGCCGUUUUGAAAUUAAUCUUGAACUUGGAAAUUGAAGAUGUCCUGUACCUCGCCACUCCGAAGGCUAAAGGGACAACUACACCUUCGGGUAGUAGCAUAGACUUUUACCAGCACUGGCAGAGAACGUGCCGUGCCAUUCGUGAACCCGAUGUUACGAUGGAGAUGAAGAAGUGGUUUCACAGUGAAGAAUUUGAAGCAUAUAUCGAGGCCGAUGUUUUAUUUUACAAGGCAGUGAAUGCGUCACUCGACAAAACUAUUUUGGAAAUUGGACGAGAAAGAGUCGAAACGACAGUGCGGCAACUCAAGUGGGCUCAAAAACGCAUUGAGGAGGAGUGUCGUGGUGCUCGAUUCCCCUGCUCAUCGGGAGGCGAGUUCCAGAAGGAAACAGAUUGUUUUUUUGCUGAUGUUGGUUGCGGAUACAAUUGCAUUGAUAGCUUGUCUGAGACUUUUUCCCAAGAUCCAGUUUUCCAGAAAUUAGCAAAAUAACUAAUGGCAUGACUUGAGACCAUGGUCGAACUACUCGUACUAAUGUUCUUUGGUAACGAGUAACCAAACAUUCAAUUUCGGAUGUUUCUUCCAAAAGAGAUAUUUGAUUUUGAUGUUGUGCAAUUAGUUUCUCGCACUCAACUCCGUUUUCCGCUGAGACUGAACAAUCUUUGAAGAGCUCAAUCUUCAAAGAACCGAGUGAAUGAACACAGAAGGAAGGGCAGUAGUCCGUGAAAAGCAUUAUGUACUAUGAGUAUACGGUUGUGAGGAGGCAGCAUUACGAAUACCCGUAGUUGUCCCCUUCCUGCUUGGAAACGACUCUGUCUUCGGACAUAUCUUGGGACAUUCCUAAUCAUACCAAAAAGAAACAUAGCUUUCAAGUAGCAUUGCUUUGUGUUUUUUUAAACGAAUACCAAGUGCUAAAUUUUAUUUGGUCUUUCCCAUUUAUUUCCCAAAUUUUGCGAACAGCAGUCACAACUCCUGAAGAGUAACAAAUGAGAGUCACAAUCACAAGAGAGUUACUGAAUAGCUUUCUUGAUGUCCUCGCUGCUGGUUGGAACGCUGAACAUGCCAAAGUUAUGUUCGAACGAUGCUUCGUGGGCAGCCAAACUAGUGGCAGCCGUGCAAUCAUUCAGGGUGUAUACCUUGAAGCCCUUCUCAUAGGCAGUUCGCAUGGUGCUUUCGACACAGCAAUUUGUCAAAAAACCGCCCAAAACAACAUUCUUCACAUUGUGUUGCCGAAGGAGGAAUUCUAAGUUAGUCGACGCAAAGCUGCACAAUCCAGACUUGCCCUGGACAAUCAGUUCACCUUCGAUGGGUUUCAUUGGCUCGUAAAUUUCGGAGCCAGAGUCUCCACUUUCAAAGGCACUUCCAUCCUUAAUUCCGGCCAGGAUGCCAUAGGGAUCCUUUGCGAUUUCGUUGUGACCGGGACGAAAGCUGAUGGGGACAUGAACAACGAGGAUACCCUUCUCGCGGCAGAACUUCAGGAGCUCAGUUGAGUUUUCGAGCAUGUUAGUCUUCUCCAUAACCUCUUUCGUUGCAGGAUAGAGUUUUCCACCCUCGGUGGUGAAUUCAUUUUGGUACUCAAUGAAGACACAGGCAGUUU